AUGUACAAGGCGCUGCUAUUGAAAUUAAAGACGUUAAAAACAAAACAAAUAACCUAUGCAACAAUAGACAGUUCUGGGAAUUACAUGGCAGCCAUCAAAAAACAAAAAAAUGAUGUUGUAUUAACUGUAAAGAAAGAAGAUGUUGCCUUCAAUGUAACGAUCAUUAAAAUGAAAGAUGUGCCUCCGGUUAAUUCUGAAGCUAAAGAAAUAAAUAUUGAAGUGAAAGAGGCUAAAGAAGGCGGACAGUUUGUGAUUGACAACAUUCUUUACAAUACUGCUAGCGCUGAUUUAAAACCUGAGAGUCGUAUUAUUCUUGAAAGUUUUGCAAGUUAUUUAAAAGAAAAUCCGAAAAUUAAAGUAGAGAUCCAGGGUCACACCGAUAACGUGGGUAAUGCCAAAGAUAACGUGGCUUUAAGUACCAAUCGUGCUUUUACAGUAAAAGCUAUUUUAGAAGAAUUUGGAAUCGAGGGUAAACGUAUUUCUGCUAAAGGAUUUGGUCAGACGAAACCUAUUGCUGAUAAUCUUUCGGAAGAAGGUCGCGCUAAAAAUCGUAGAACGGAGUUUCAGAUUUUGGAGAAGUAA